AUUGUGCACUCUAAACUUACUGAGUAGAUGCGGAUAAAGAGCAGAGGGAUGGUUGUACAAAUGGAUCGAUGGUCUGUGCUGAAUGGCUGCAGGCCGAGCAGAGGUGGAGAUCUGACACGAGAGCUCUGAUCAGUCCCGGAGCUUCACACUGCUGCUGGACGUCUGGUAGUUGUAUCAGCAGUUGGCACAGUGACACAUGGAAAAAAAUCACAAGAGAAGCAUGAGGCAACACUGUGCUCUCAAACAUGGAAUACUUAAGGAAUUCCUGGCUGAAUUCCUGGGGACGUUUGUUUUGGUUCUGUUCGGCUGUGGCUCCGUCGCUCAGACCGUCCUCAGUCGAAACACUCUGGGUGAGCCGCUCACCAUCCACAUCGGCUUCUCUGUGGGACUGAUGAUGGCGGCCUACGUGGCCGGUGGAGUGUCAGGGGGCCAUGUUAACCCUGCUGUGUCUCUGGCCAUGGUGAUUCUUGGCAAACUGAAGAUCUGGAAGUUUCCCUUCUACGUCAUAGCUCAAUUUCUUGGUGCUUUCGCUGGAGCUGCUGCAGUCUUUGGAAUAUACCAUGAUGCUUUCAUGGACUUCACCAGUGGGAUUCUGUCAGUGACAGGAAUCAAUGCAACAGGUCACAUUUUUGCUUCUUACCCAGCGAGGCACCUGUCAGUCCUGGGCGGCUUCAUUGAUCAGGUGGUGGGGACGGGCAUGCUGGUCCUGUGUAUCCUGGCUAUCAUCGACGGGGAAAACAUUGGAGCUCCUAAAGGUGUGGAGCCGCUGGCCAUCGGUCUGAUCAUCAUGGCCAUCGGCGUGUCCAUGGGGCUGAACUGCGGGUACCCCCUGAACCCGGCCAGAGACCUGGGGCCCCGACUGUUCACGGCGCUGGCAGGAUGGGGGAUGGAGGUGUUCAGCACCGGAGACCACUGGUGGUGGAUCCCCGUGGCCGGGCCCAUGGUGGGCGGCGUGCUGGCAGCCGUCAUCUACUACCUGCUCAUCGAGCUGCACCACCAGCGCCAUGAGGAGCCUGAGAAGCCCCAUGUGGAGGAGGAGGAAGAGGAGGAGGAAGAGGAAGAUGAUGAUGACAGCAGUCUUAAGGAUAAAUACGAGAUGAUCACCAUGAGUUAAAAGACAUUAACCUCCAGGACAGUUUUUAAAUGUUUGACAGUUAACCAGGUUAUUAAAACAAUGCACAUCUUGCAUCUGUACGGACAGUUUUACAUGUUUAUAGCUCCUCCUCUGGUUGACUUUUGCAUUGCAGCUCAGUGAUGGAAGCGUUCCAACAUGCAAAGUUCAAACCGCAAAGCGUAAUGAAUUAAGAACCAUUUUUAAAUGGAAAGCUACUGUUAGCCCCGCAGCUGCUGAUGUUGUCUGUGUUGUGGUUCAAAAAAAAGAAGAAGGAAACAAGGAACAAGUUUGACUGUCUUUGCUGAGUAAUGAUCCCAUCACCCAAAAUGUAGUUUGUUUUGUUGUGUUUCAUGAACACGUCAGUCCUGUGCGGUUACCAUUGAUAAGACUUUCUACAUAAAUGUAAAUACUGUAUUAUAGAUCCAAGAUGAACCCCCGCUGUAGAGAUAUUUUCAUGAGAACAGUUGGUAUUGAACUAAUAGUUGUACAUGCUCCUUAAGCUCUGUUCCCAAUUCAUUUAGAUAUGAUAUUAUAGUUUUGUUCUUUUUUGUCUUUUUACUUUAAUAUUUUUCUUCUUUAUUUGUUAUCAUAAUGAACCUCUCGUUCAUUAUAAAUGUUUGUAUUUUACUGAGUGUUGUUUUGUCUACAUUAAAGUUUCUAUAAAUAUCGA